AAUUCGCACCGUGCUUCCUCACAAAAUAAAAGCUUUUUAACACACAACAUCGAAUUCGCCGAAUUCCUAAAAUGACCGACAGAACGUUACCUCUACUAUUUGUCAACCUGGGUGGAGAAAUGUUGUACAUAAUUGAAGACCGACUCACCACACAGCAAAUCGCAGAAGAUAAGACAAGGAAAGUACUGCACGAUAUAGUAGCAACAAUGCUCAACGAAAGAUUUGUAGAGGAACUAUUUAAGCCGCAAAAACUGUCGAACAGACACGGACUGAGGACACUUUUUGACAAUCUUGCCCACGUAUCAAUAAUGAGACUAAACCGAACCAGUAUGAAUAAGUUAUAUGAUCUAAUGAUCAGCGUCGUGAAAUAUCAGAUAUACUCCAUAUCAAGGCCGCAAGAUCUACUUUUGGUAACGAUGAAUCAUUUGGAGGCGCUGGCUGGAAAAGAGCCGACAAAUUUGAUUACAAGACUUAUUGCGAAUUACCACACAAAGUUCAUCCAAACCUACGCCACAAUGCAAAAUGGGGAACUACAGUUGUUGCGGAAUUUCAUUUUGAACUAUCUGCAGGAUGACACUGUAAGGGUGUCAGUUUUGUUAAAAGAUAGGUCGCAGAAUCCUGAUGGACGCUUUUUUAUACCGACGAGUGGUCCUGUGGCGUCAGGGUGCGAAGUUCCAGUAAUAAUAAGAUCGUUUUCUGACGAUGGAAAUUUAGAAACGGAAAAAGUUAUAAAAUCUCCAUACCAGUUUGACGCCUGCCUUGAGUCGGGUUCUCUGGGGCUAUUUAAAUCUCAUGUAACCACAUUAGGACUAAACAUGCAAGUUUUCCCAAAAAUAUUAACGAAAAUAUUCUUAAAUCAAACAAUUUAUAGAUAUCACGCCGAAAGAAGAAUGGAAGAAAAGCCAAUUUUUGUCCAGGAGGAUCAGCGAGCGUUCAACCCGGACAGUUUUCUGCACGCAACCAACUCGCCUCUUUGUGCAGAAAGCAGUGCGGCAAAAGGCCAAGAAAAAGGUGUAGGGUACCAAGAGCUGCACCUGCUCUCCAAGUUGCUUCACUCUGACUCAAAUUCACACAGCGUUGAGAGCGGAAAUUUCAUUCUAUUGGAUUUGUUCAACAGCGACGGUGGAAAUAAUAUAGGCUUUGCUACAGAAGAUCAGCACGAAAGCAAAAGUCCAGCAAGCCCUGCUUUAGUGGUAGACGCAAGGAAUCAGGACCAAACCCAAGAACUGGCCGCUCUUUUUAACGAAAUGAAUGUUCUGUCCCACAAAAAAACUCACUCAGGCAGCACCGAAGAUCUCCUUGACCUUAUUCCUUCAUCCAGUUAGAAAGAUAUGCACCACACUCUCAAUAAAUCUGGAUAUUAUUAUUAUGAACUCUAAAAAACUAUUUUUUGGAUUUGAAUAAAUAAUGUAAAAAUCUCACUCUGUGUGCACUACUGCAAGGAAAUCAUCAUUAUUGAACUUUAUCACAAAAAUAAGUUGAAACUGUGUAGAAGUCUUAUCACAAUUGAUCGCAAUGGUGAUAAAAAAUAAGCCAUGAUAAAAAUUGUGAUAAAGUAAUUAGGAAUUAACAGC